AUGGAGGAGGAGGCUGUGAGGAAGAGGAAGAUGCCUUGGGCCCCCCAGGCAGGCCCCGAGCUGAGGAUGGAGAGCCCGGAGGACAAAUCCGCCCGUGAGACCCUGGUGGGAGAGGCCGUUUUGAAGAGUUCCACGGUGCGGGAAGGCAGUGGGGAGGAAAAGGGCCAGAGAUCCCCCCGCAGGAGGGGCUCCAAAUCCAGCCCAGGGUGCUCUGAGGAGGAAAGACCGAGCCUGUGCCGGGUAGGCGGCCAGAGCUUGAGGCAGAGCUCUGAGCUGGUGGUCCCUGAGCAGCCUCCCAGCAGGCAGAAGCCCUUCAGGUGCUUGGAAUGUGGGAAGAGCUUCAGGAAGAGCAGCCACCUCCUCAGCCACCAGCACAUCCACACUGGGGAACGUCCCUACACGUGUAGGGAAUGUGGGAAGAGCUUCAGGAGCAACUCCAACCUGAUGCGACACCGGAUGAUCCACACUGGGGAACGGCCCUAUUCGUGUGGGGAAUGCGGAAAGAACUUCAGCCAGAGCUCCAACCUCAUCCGUCACCAGCAAAUCCACACUGGGAAACGACCCAGCCUGUGCCAGGAAGGCGGCCGGAGCUUGAGGCGGAGCUCCAAGCUGGUGGUCCCUGAGCAGCCUCCCGGCAAGGAGAAGCUCUUCAGGUGCUUGGAAUGUGGGAAGAGCUUCAGGAGCAUCUCCCACCUGAUCCGACACCAGCACACCCACACUGGGGCACGUCCCUACAUGUGUGGGGAAUGUGGGAAGAGCUUCAGCCAGAGCUAUCAGCUCUCCACCCACCAGCAGACCCACAGUGGGGAGCGACCCUACACAUGUGGGGAAUGUGGGAAGAGCUUCAGCCAGAGCUAUCACCUCCGCAUCCACCAGCACAUCCACACUGGGGAAUGUCCCUACACAUGUAGGGAAUGUGGGAAGAGCUUCAUCACGAGCUCCAACCUCCGCACCCACCAUCGCAUCCACGCUGGGGAACGGCCCUACAAGUGCUUGGAAUGUGGGAAGAGGUUUCAGACCAGGUCACAUCUCCUCAGGCAUGAGCGGACACACACGGAUGAGAGGCCCUUCCGCUGCACCGACUGCGGGAAGGGCUUCAAGGAGAACUCCGCCCUCAUCAUCCACCGGCGCAUCCACACCGGGGAGAGGCCCUACAAGUGUGGGGAGUGUGGGAAGAGCUUCACCCAGAGCGGUGCCUUGACCAGACACCAACAGGCCCACCAGUAA